AUGGCAACUGCCCAGAAGUCGAAAAGUCGCGUAAAACAGGCUGCAUCUCAGUGGACUUGUCUGUUUCCGAAUGAGAUUAAAACCCAGCAGCAGUCUCUGGUUUUCGUGAAGAGAAUGAUGGCAGUUGCUGUGUCUUCUAUCACCUACCUUCGAGGCAUAUUUCCCGAAGAUGCCUACAGAAUCCAGUACCUGGAAGAUUUGUGCAUUAAAGUUUUAAGAGAAGACAGUACCUGUCCUGGAGCAUCAAAAAUUGUUAAAUGGAUGACGGGGUGUUUUGAUGCUUUAGAAAAAGGAUAUUUACAACUAGUGUUCAUUGGUGUACACACAAAUCCAGCUGACCCAAAUAGCAUAAUUGAGUCUUAUCAGUUCAAGUUCAAAUACACCCCAGAUGGUCCACAACUGGAUAUACUGAGCAACAAGAAAGUUGAAUUGAAGCUAACCAUGAAGGACACAAAGAAAGCAUCAGUCCUCCUCAUCCGAAAACUUUUUCUCCUCAUGCAGAAUCUGGACACUCUUCCGAAUGAUGUUUCUCUUACAAUCAAACUCUACUACUAUGAUGAUGUGACCCCAACAGACUACCAGCCUCCUGGGUUCAAGGAAGGAGAGUGCGACAGCUUGUGGUUUGAAGGGACGGCUGUACAUAUCAAAGUGGGUGAGCUGAAGAGUGCCUUCCACGUUAUGAAGGUGCAGGUUACUGCGGAUCAAGAUAAAAUGGAGCGAAUGCAGAGAGAGAACGCUUUGAAGGAAGACAUUGGCAGUUGAGAAAAAAGAAAGGAAGAAGAACAAGGAUUCAGAAACAAAAACAAAAACAAAAAAAGCUGCAUUGAAAUAACUAAACAAACAAUUUGACCCGUAUCCACUAGAGGGCAUAUGACUCCUAACAACUAAUUAUAAACAGAACCUGUUGAUAAUGUGUAGUUAUUUCAGUUGUUUUCGUACCCAUAACUAUUUAUUGUUAGGACACUGAAAUGUGUCUUUGAUACUGCGGUAAUGAAACUGAAUAUUGUUUUUAAUCUGUUACAUGCAGAAAGCGUUCAUUUACAAACAGAGGCAUUAAAUUGCGAUUAAUUGAAUUGAGUAGCUCUGCUCAAAUCAACAGAAAUGUACAGAAGUACAGAUUUCUGAAACACUGAGAUUUUAAACAAGGCUUACAUAUUUUCAAACAUUCUUUCACCCUUUAUAUAUCCACAUGAAAGGAUGAUAUCAGCUUGUAGUACAGUAGUCAUUUUAAGCAGUCAGGAGUUUCCCCCAUUAUUUAUUUAUCCAGCAGAUUUACCCAUUGAGACGAGGCCUCAUUUUUAAGGGGGUCCUGGAAAACAAAAGGACAAUUGCAAAGUACAAACUUAAUCAGCAGCAUAUAGAGAUAGAGUAAUUAAGACAUAUACAUUUGUUAAUGUGGACUGAAUGUGUGGACACCUAGUAAAAGCUAGUAUAGUUAAAGAAGACAGGAUAUAUCUGUAGACUAGUAGAGUGACAUCAACUAUAUUAAACACACACUGCACACUUCUGCCCCAUUAUAUAAAUAUCUGCUACCGUCUAGCACGGGUGGGCAAUUCUGGUCCUGGAGGGACACCGGCCCUCCAGGACCGGAAUUGCCCACCCCUGGUCUAGCAGCUAUUGGAUAGAUUUAAUGAGCUAGACCACAGAGUAAAGAUUGACGUGUAGGCUCCUUAUUGGACUGUGUAAGAGAGAGGAGCAGUGCUGUUUAAUUCCUUUCUGUUUCAGCCCAGGUUAGCACUGAUAGAGAGAACAGCACAAUUACGUCUGCACAUGCUCUAAAAC